AUGGAGAGUGAAGCAGAGUCGAGCCUCGAGCGGCCGCGACGCAAAAGCGCGCUGGCCAACGGCGCCAACGGCCGUCGCGGCGGGGCCUUCGCGUCGCCGUUGCUGGGGGCAGCCUCUGGGCGGGAGUUGGCGCUGCGGUCGCUGCGUUUCCUUCGUUUCCGCAGCCGGUUUGUAUCGGCCAGGUUAGGCUUAAGAAAAGCCUGUCAUUCUGAUGUGGAGUCUGGGUCUGGAUACUCUUUUUAUUCAACUGACUCUGAAGAUCAGGUUGAUACUAUUCAUAAUGGACUUGACCGUUGUGCAACUUUACUGCAGAAUAUUUUACAAAAUGAGACUGCAGUAGUGCCAGUAUCAAGUAUAAAACAGGCCUCAUCAACCACCCCUGCUGCUGGUAAAGAGUUCUGUAAUGCACCACAGAAUCAGCUGGUUGAACCAAUUCAUGUGCCUUGCAGUCAACACCUGCCUGUUAUGAACCAAAAAUUAUGUUGUCAAAAUGUUACAGCUCUUAAUUAUCAGUUAUCGGCCUCUACACCAGCCCUGUCCCUGCAGCAUUCAUCUAAUACUUUAUCUUCUCAGUCUGAUGUUCCUGCAGAUAGUAGCCCUGAAUGUGUGCCCCAGAUGGGAGGAACUGUGCUUUGCCCAGUAGUUUCUGUUCCUGCUACCACUACUGCACAAAUUCAGGCUGUCACUGCUCUUCCUGAUAAGAUGCCUAGCCUUGUAUCAGGUGCAUCAAGUAACUCCACAGUGCCUGCAUUUGUCUCAUCGUUUUCUGGCAAAGACGCUACCCCAAACCAAGAGCACUGGAUCAAGGAAGCAGAUUUGAUAAGAUGCAUACAAGCUCACCUGGCCUUGUUGCAACCACAUGAAAUGAACAGCAGGACAGAACAAAAGCAUCCUCAUCAAUGUCCAGCACAACAUAAUGUCUCAAGUAAUAAGGAAGAGGAUAUUUCCGAAGAACAAAGCGAGGACGCUAUCAGUGAAGAAGAAGAACUGAAUGUACUUGACGUUGCCCCCAUGAGAGAUACAAGCUGUCAGAAAAGUUUUGUCAAGAAGGUUCUAAAACCUAAAAGAGAAAGUCCAGAAGAAACAGCCCAUAAAGUUAGAACAGUAAAAUAUCUUUUGGGGGAGCUGAGAGCACUGGUAGCAGACCAAGAUGAUUCAGAAAUGUUAAGGUUGAUGAGUGAAAUAGAAGAUUGUAUAUCAUUGCUCCCAGCUGUAGUGGGAAGUACAAAUAUACAAGCUGAAAUAGCACUAGCUCUACAGCCUCUUAGAAGUGAAAAUGCCCAGCUGCGUAGGAGAAUAAGAAUAUUAAACCAGCAACUCAGGGAACGAGAGAGAAAUGAGAAGACAUCUGGACAGAACUUCAACUAUGAAUUAGUUUCUCUGCAGUCAAUGAAUAUGAUGCUCCAGAGUCAACUGAAAGAAUCACUAAAAGGUCUUGAGUCACUGCAAGCUAAAAAUGAAGAGCUUUUUAAAAUAAUAGAAAAGCAGAAGGAAGAAAAUAAACAUGUUGCAAAAAGUAUCCAAGAGAAAGAUAUAGAAUUGCUUGAAAACAAGCAGCAAUAUGAUAUUCAUACCACCAAGCUCAGGAUUGAAGUGGAAGACACGCUAGCAAAUGUGAAGAGCCUUCAGUUUAAGCUGGAAGCUUCAGAGAAAGAAAAUCAGAUUUUGGGCAUAACGCUUCGUCAGCGUGAUGCAGAAGUUAACAGACUGCGUGAGUUAACCAGAACCUUGCAGGGCAGCAUGGCCAAGCUUCUGUCUGACCUCACAGUGGACAAUAUCCGACCUAAGCCUGACAAAGGUCUCUCGAGAUCUCUUUUGGAAGACUAUGAGAAACAGAUGCAGUCUGAUCCAUUUCCUGUGAGUACUUCAGUAAUGACUUACCUUAAAAAAUUAGACACUGAUCAUAUUUUGACAGAUACAGAACCUCAGUUCUCAAACAAAAGCAGGGAAUUGGAGGAGUCAAAUCUAGCCUAUGUAAAACAUGCUGCUGAAGGAACCAAAAGAAACAGUACCUUCUCAGAAGAAGAAACUGGGACUCCAAGAAUUCUAUCAGCCUUAGUGGAGCAAGACAGAGAAACACUGAGUGAUUCUGAGACUUUACUAGACAGCCAAAACAAACUGGAUGAGACUAUUUAUAUUCCAUUAACUAGCAGUGCCUCUAAAAAACAUCUGCCAGUCUCUGAGAGAACUGGCAUGCAACCCCAAAGCAGAGGGGCUUGUAAGACAUUGGAAUUCAACUAUGAACUCUCAAACUCUGAGCAGCAGAAUGGAUGUGAGGUGUCAAAAGACCUCUCUGUUUUGAAUAAAUUAAAUGCUGGAUACAGUUUGAAAAGAGCCAUAGAAAAAUCACUUGAAGCUACAGGGGAUACAGCGAAGCUGGAAGGGGACAAGGUCCAAACAAGGUCAGAAGACAUUCCAAGCAGAGCUGCAAAAGACUUUACAGACAAACCAGACCAGCCUCAGCUUGGUACAUACCAUUGUGCUCCAGUGCCCUUUCCCAAAGAGAAUUCUAGGAAAAGAGGCGGCGCAAUAUCUGAUGUUUCAUUUGACGAUAUAUCGGGAAGGUCUGAAUGGAGCGCAUCCUCUUUCUCAACCUUUACUUCUCGAGAUGAAGAGGACUUUAAGAAUGGCUUAGCAGCCUUGGAUGCCAACAUAGCUAGGUUGCAAAGAACUCUGCAAAAUAGCAUUAUGAAACAAUAAGUAUGAAAAAACAAAAGGGUGUGUACUUGUUUAGGUAACUAUUUUUUUCUAA